AUGGUCCUCGUAUCCCCAUCCAUCGCCGCGCAAUCCGAACGCCUCCUCCUCCGCCCACUCCUCCUCUCCGACGCUCCCGCCGUGAACCUCAUGCGCUCCGACCCCGAAGUCAUGAAGCACACGCCGAUAAAACCCUGCAACGACGUCGAAAAAUCCAAAGAAUGGAUCCAAGGUUGCCACACGCGCCUCAACUGCUGGAACUUCUGCGUCGAGCUCCUACCUUCGUGCCCCGAUCCCCCACCGCGCGAGGGUACCCGCGUCAUCGGGUUGAUGGGCGCGGUGCGAGCCCCCGAAAUCGGAUACAUGUUCCACCGAGACUACUGGGGGAAGGGGUAUGCAACGGAAGCGCUGAGGGUGUUCCUGCCGCUCUUCUUUGCGCAUUAUGAUGGCGAGGAUGGGACGGAGAGGUUCGAGUAUGCCGAGGCGCUGACGGAUACCGAGUUGGUGGCUAGUCAGCGGGUGUUGGCGAAGGCCGGGUUUGUGUAUGUGGAGACGAGGGAGGGGGAUUUUGAGAAUCCAGUGUUGGGGACGAGGAGUACGAUGGUUUGGAGGAAGUAUAGGGAUGCUAAUUAA